AAAUUGACAGUUCAAUGGUUAAUACAAACAACAAAUACACAUUUCUUUUUCCUUCUCGCCCCUGCUACUGUUCUCUUCUUUGGUUAAGUGUGUAUCUCACGAACUUUUCGGAAGCAGAAUUUUCUGGGUUCACGUUAUUAUACUUGGGAUAGUUCUGGAUUGAUGAAAGCACACUAUUUUUUAUCUGGGAACUGAGAUAGACUGGUGCGAUGGAGCAUGGUUGAAUACUUAAAUGCUGAAGUACAAGAUGUAUAGCUUUUCUAUUUAGAGCCAACAUUGUUGGAGAUUACCUGACCAUUUAUUGAAUGGAUGAAGUUUGGUCUUCAUGAGGGUUUGAAGGCAUAGCCUUUACUAUCUAUCAGUUCCUGGUAUCCUGCCACUCCUUUUCGACUGAAGUUUUACUUUACUUUUUUAAUGUCUCGGUCAUUCCUUUUCCAACUGUAUGUAAGAUAAAUGAUAAAUGUUUCAACCAAAGGCAGUCCCUAGUUCAAAUCUAGCAAGCAGCAACUUAUUAGUUCAUGCACAGAACAUGGAUAAUAGUGUCAGUGCAGUGGCUCACUGCAGUGGAGGGAGUAGUCUCAACAACAACACUAACAGCUCUACCAUAGCAUCCAGGCAACGACUACGUUGGACAAAUGAGCUUCAUGAACGCUUUGUGGAUGCUGUGACCCAGCUUGGGGGCCCAGACAUGAAACCCUGGCUACCCAAAAAGCUGGAUAUCAAGAGAGAAGAACAAUGCCCAGUUCAACAUGUAGUAAAAUUUGAAGGGGCUACUCCUAAAGGUGUUCUCAGAAUCAUGGGUGUACAAGGUUUGACUAUAUACCAUGUCAAAAGCCACUUACAGAAAUACCGGCUAGCAAAAUAUCUCCCAGAGUCUACAUCUGAUGUUAAGAAGUCUGAGAAGAAAGAGCCAAGUGAAUUACUUUCUACCAUUAGUAGUUCUUCUGGUAUGCAAAUAACAGAAGCACUAAAGUUGCAGAUGGAAGUCCAAAAACGGCUGCAUGAACAAUUGGAGGUACAGAGGCAGCUACAAUUGAGGAUAGAAGCCCAAGGAAAGUAUCUGAAGAAAAUAAUCGAAGAGCAACAAAGGCUGAGUGGUUUUCUUGGGGAGUCCAAUUUGAUGAUCCCUCCCCCUAUCUCAGGUAGCAACUUUCCUGAAUCUGACAAGACCGACCCAUCAACUCCAGCUCCAACUUCUGAGUGCCCCCUCCAAAACAAGGCCGCCCAAGAAUGUGCACCAGCCAAGAGUCUCUCCUGCAACGAGUCCAUCUCUUCAUAUCACGAGCCACUGACACCAGAUUCCGUCUGCCAUGUCACUUCCCCUUCUGAAAGCCCAAAAGGUGAGAGGCCACUGAAGCAAAAGCGGGUGGGGAUGGAUGCAGUAUCUGCUAAACCUGAGAUGAUCCUCACACACCAGAUACUGGAAUCAAGCUUGAGUUCUAGUUUCCAGCAGCCAUGCUCGGGUUUCCCAAUCAGAGAACAGCUUGAUCCCUCGUCGGGGAGAUCACACUGCAAUGGAGAUCAGUUUGAGAAUGUUUCAUUAAGAGAUCUGUGAUAUUAGUAUAUGCAUCCUUGCAUGCAGUUUGCACUUCAAUGCUAUAUUUUUCAUUGUCUUUUCAAAUGUUUAAUUACAUUUUAUAUAUCAGGUAAAAAACUGUGGUUAUUCAUGAUUCACCAAUACCACUUUUUCAUCUUA